GCGCGCUUCUCCUCCAGUCAGCCCAACACGGUUCCUGAAUAUUCAUGAUAGUGGCUCUAAACGUCAGGACGCAGCGGCGGCUCUUCCUCCCUGUCAGAGAGAGGCUGGGAGAGAGGAGAGAAGAGGAGAGGAGAGGAGGGACAUCAUGCCACAUCGCUCGGCUGCAUUUCUCCCACCGACGCUGAGCGACGGCUUGCUGUUAAGCGCAAAUCUGCCCUCAACCCGUCUCCAGGCUGCAGCGGCAGCUCGGCGAGGCUCGGCGCUGCGAUGAACUGACGGGAGGAGGAAAGAAGCAAACAAGGGAGAGAUAGAGAAACACCGCCUUCUUCUCUUCUCUUAUUUAUUUAUUUAUUUAUCUUAAAAAAAAGCGAGCUCGUAUUUAUUGGACGCACCUUGGGUUCGUAUCUUGAGAGCGGGAGAGGUGGGGAGGGGGGUGGGGAAAUCGAGCGACCGCCGAAAGGGAAAAACGGUGACGGCGAGGAAAUGCUUCGGGACAAGUGGCCAUAAGCAGAGAGAAAGAGAGAGGGAGAGUUACCUGCACGAUGGAGGAGACACGUCGGGGUUAAACGGAGCUGGCGACUUCCCACGUUGCGGGGGAAGAGAUGUUUUGCAACUGUCGUCCGCUGUUUGGAGGGGAUAUGCCUCCCCUGGCUUCAGUAUUCGCUUGUACGGCGUAGUGUUUGGGGGAGCUGAGCACGUAAAGCUGUUCCUGUUGAAGCCCGUAAACAUAAUAACAAUAAUAAGCGUCGUACUCCGGCUUGAUCAACAAUUUCUUUCUUUUCCCUUUCUUUCUUUUCUUUUUUUCUUUUUUCUUUUUAUUUUUUACCUCCGUUCUUGAACUUCCAUGACUCCGAGCGCAGCCUCCUGAGCUGUCCGUGGUGCUGAAUGAACCAGCCGGCACCGAAGCCUCCGCCACGCCGGGACAACCGCCGGGCUUGACUGGGUCGGCCAGUGUUCCCGCCCUCCCCCCUUCACUUGUUUUUCUUUUCUGUUUGUUUUAUUUUUUCAUGGCUGUGGCACGCAAAAUCAAAACUUUGCUGACCGUCAACAUCCUGGUGUUCGUGGGGAUCAUCCUGUUCUCGGUGUACUGCAGGAUCCAGGACCGAUCCGAGGAGCUCAUCCAGCUGGGGCGCCUCUCCGACCAGAGGCUGAGAGCCAGGAAUGGCAAAGUUUCCAACUUGGUGGACAGGCAGUCUAUUCUUCAGCGGCUGGAGAGGCUGGAGGAUGUGGUCUACAACCAGCUAAACGGUCUGGCGAAGCCAAUGGGGCUGGUGGAGGGACCCGGAGGCCUCGGCCAGGGGGGAGCCGCUGCCACUCUGGGGGAGGACAGCCACGAUGCAGAGGGGAAGUAUGAGGAGUACGGCUACAACGCUCAGCUCAGCGACCGCAUCUCCCUUGACAGGAGCAUCCCUGACUACAGACCUAAGAAGUGUAAGCAGCUGACGUACCCGGAGGACCUUCCUCAGAUCUCCGUGGUGUUCAUCUUCGUGAACGAGGCGCUGUCGGUGAUCCUCCGCUCCGUCCACAGCGUGGUCAACCACACGCCGGCACACCUGCUGAAGGAGAUCAUUCUGGUAGACGACAACAGUGACAGCGUGGAGCUGAAAUUUAACUUGGACCAGUACGUGAACAAACGCUACCCGGGCCUGGUUAAAAUUGUGAGGAAUAACAAGCGGGAGGGCUUGAUCCGAGCCAGGAUCCACGGCUGGAACGCCGCCACGUCUCCCGUCGUUGGCUUCUUUGACGCUCACGUCGAGUUCAACACUGGCUGGGCUGAACCCAUUCUGACCCGGAUGAAGGAGGAUCACACGCGCAUUAUUCUCCCUGCCAUCGACAACAUCAAGUACAACACCUUCGAGGUGCAGCAGUAUGCCAACGCCGCCCACGGCUACAACUGGGGUUUAUGGUGCAUGUACAUCAUCCCGCCGCAAGAGUGGCUGGACAAGGGCGAUGAGACGGCCCCCAUCAGGACUCCGGCUAUGAUUGGCUGCUCCUUUGUGGUCGACCGGGAAUACUUUGGAGAGAUCGGUCUGCUGGAUCCUGGCAUGGAGGUGUACGGAGGAGAGAACAUCGAGCUGGGCAUGCGGGUGAGGGGCUGUGUUAUACCACACUGAAAACUGAAUACUCUU